AUGGAUUCCAAAGAUCAAGACGUGAAAAAUCUCGACAUGGAAAAUGACCAUCAGGAAAAGGAGGAAAAGGAAGAAAAGCCGCAAGAUGCUAACAAAAGGGAGCUGCCGGUGACCCUGCCUUUUGAAGCAGGGCGCUUCCGUGUGCCUAAGGGAAGUCGCAGGCGGCUCCGCGUUAGGCAGCCCAUCGUGCACUAUAGAUGGGACCUGAUGUAUAGGGUUGCAGAGCCCCAGGCAAGGAUGAGAGAUGAGAACAUGGAGAGGCUUGGGGAGGAUGUGAGACACCUCAUGGAGAAGCUGAGGGAGAGGCAGCAGAGCCAUACUCUGCGGGCAGUUAGCACUGACCCCCCUCACCAUGACCACCAUGAUGAGUUUUGCCUUAUGCCCUGAACGCUCAAGUUUUAUCUUAAUAUGGGGACCCCUGCUUUCAAGACUUACAUGUUUGUGAUGUACUGUUGUAA